AUGACGACUACUCUUGACUUCACGACGUUCAAAAAUGUCAUCGACAAUGAGUUAACCACCACUGCCACUACACACCAUGGCAUUAAUCCAGCCACCUCCCAACCAAAUCCCGAAGUUCCUGUCUCCACGCAAGCUGAUCUUAAUCGCGCAGUCGAUGGUGCCCGAAAGGCUUUCAAGUCGUGGUCCAAGACAUCCUUCGCAGAACGCCGAGCAACUCUCAAUGCCUACGCUGACGCCAUCGAUGCUAAUGCCGAGGUCUUUUCCAAGACCUUGACUAUGGAACAGGGAAAGUCCCUCGCCCAGUCACAGGCUGAGUUAGGAAUGGCCAGUUCAUGGAUUCGUGGGCUCAGCGCCAUCGAGAUCAAAGACACUAUCCUCGAAGAGACUGAAGAUCGCAAGAUCAUCCAGCGACACGUCCCUAUGGGCGUCGCCGGUGCCAUCAUUCCAUGGAAUUUCCCUGUCCUCCUGGCCAUAGGGAAAGUGGCCUCGGCCCUAUACACUGGUAAUGCCGUCAUUGUCAAACCUUCUCCAUUCACCCCUUAUACCGCUCUCAAAUUGGCCGAGCUCGGUACACAGUUCUUCCCUCCGGGCUUGUUUCAGUGUCUUAGUGGGGACGAUCGACUUGGCCCUAUGAUUACCGAACACCCCGGAAUCGACAAGAUCUCCUUCACUGGCUCCUGUGCGACGGGGAAGCGGGUAAUGGCCGACUGUGCCAAGACACUCAAGCGGGUGACUCUCGAACUUGGGGGAAACGACCCGGCGAUCAUUUGCGAGGAUGUUGAUAUCGAUGCUGUUAUUCCUCAAGUUGGAAUUUUGUCGUACCUCUGCAGCUCUCAGAUCUGCAUGAUGAUCAAGCGUCUCUAUGUCCAUGAGAAGAUCUAUGAUGAGUUUCUGGAAAAGCUGGUUGCCUUCGUCAAGGCAUUCAAGGUCGGCGACGGCACAGAACCAGAUGUCUUCAUCGGUCCUGUUCAGAACAAGAUGCAGUUUGAAAAGGCCAAGGAACUAUUCAGUACUAUCAAGGCUGAUAACCUAAAGACGGCCUUGGGCGGAUCCAUCGAGGACUCCGCAGGAUACUUCAUCCACCCCACUAUCAUCGACAACCCGCCUGAGUCGUCGCGAGUGGUGCAAGAGGAGCCGUUUGCGCCUAUCUUGCCCGUAUUGAAGUGGUCUGAUGAUGACGAUGUUAUCAGUAAGGCUAAUGCACUGGAAACAGGGCUGGGCUCGUCUGUCUGGUGCGCGGACUUUGAUCGUGCUACGCGCAUCGCUGAUCAGCUGCAGUCCGGAAGUGUGUGGGUGAAUAAUCACUUUGCCGUUGCUCCUGGUAUUCCAUUUGGUGGUCAUAAGCAGAGUGGUCUGGGGGUUGAGUGGGGAUUGUCUGGUCUCUUGAGUUACUGCAACUCUCAGACACAAUGGUUGAAGAGGACUGUAUCUAAAGUGUAG